AUGACUAUGAGUUCAACUACUCGGUUAUCGUCGAUAUCCUGUACCUCAGGAAAGCCCGUUUUGCAGGUCCUCGUUUUGCAGGUCCCCGUUUUGCAGGUCAUCGAUGCAGCCACGUCAUUUGGUGCUACAAGAUUCCUAAGAGACAUGUCUGCACGCAAUGCUUGGGACACACUUCGUGCAUGCUGGAUCGAUAUCUACCAGGGACCCCCGGACUACGUUGUGCACGAUGCGGGGAAGAACUUCACAUCUACCGAGUUCAAGCAGCUUGCAUCGUCGAUGUCGAUCAAAGUCAGGGAGGUCCCGGUGGAAGCUCACAAUAGCGUUGGGAAGGUGGAACGAUACCAUGGACCACUACGCCGUGCCUACGAAAUUCUCAGGGAAGAGCUUAAGGAUGAGAAUAUUGAUAGGGAGAUGAUCUUGCAGAUGGCUGUGAAAGCUGUCAACGACUCAGCCGGACCAGAUGGAAUUGUCCCGACGUUGCUUGUCUUCGGGCCAUACCCAAGAAUGACCGAAAUAGAUCCACUCUCACCUUUGGUAGUCAAGAGAGCCGAGGCCAUCCGUGCUGCGACUAAAGAGGUCCGUCCCCUACAUGCGGAACGCCAGGUGAAUGACGCCCUUGCUAUGCGCAACGGCCUUCUUCCUGAAUACGUAUGGUGUUAG